AUGACGGAAAUCACCAGCCUGAGCUCCGACGUGACGGAGCUGAUCCUCUCCUACCUCCCUAUCCCCACCCUCGUCCGCGUCUCCACCGUCUGCAAGCUCUGGCAAUCCAUCAUCUCCUCCACCACCUUCUCCGCCACGCAAAUCCAAACUCAAACCCAAUCCCACCCUUGGUUCUUCCUCUUCGGCAUCCACAACACCUCCUCCAAGAACAACCAGUCCUUCGCCUUCGACCCUCUCUCCAACCGCUGGCUCCUCCUCCCCUCCCCCACCUUCCCUCCCCACCACCAUCACUACUCCCACUCCUCCUUCCUCGGCGCCGACGGCUUCUUCCUCAUCACCGCCCCCACCUUCACCUACUCCCGCAUCCUCAAACGCUCCUGGCGCCCCACCUCCCCUCUCCACUUCUCCCGCAUCAACCCUCUUCUCGGCGUCUUCUCCUCCUCCUCCUCCUCCGCCUCUCUCCUCCCCAACUUCAUCGUCGUCGGCGGCGUCAGGUUCAUCGGCAACUUGGUCGACAUAGAAGACCGCUUGGCCGUCGAGAUCUACAACCCCGACUCCGACUCCUGGCAGCUCGGUCCUCCUCUCCCUGCUGACUUCAGAUCCGGGAACUCCUCCCAGUCCUUGUCCUCUGCCCUCUUCAACGGCAGGUUCUACGUCUUCGGCAUCUAUUCCUGCUUCGUAUCGUCUUUUGAUCUUCACACAAAUUCCUGGAGCGUCGUCCAGAGUCUCCGUCCACCUGGAGUUGUCUUCUCUUUCUUGCUCGCUUGCCGGGACAGGCUUGUUCUGGCCGGAAUCUGCAACGGGCCUAACGGCUCGUCCUUUAACUUGUGGAGGAUCAGGGAGGAGAGUAUGGAGUACAGUGAGAUCGCGAUCAUGCCUCAGGACUUGCUGUGUAGCUUGUUUGAGGGGGAUGAGGAGGAUAAGUUUGCGAGCUUGAAAUGUGUUGGGUUGGGGAAUCUUGUUUAUGUGUUCAAUGAAGAGUACCAUAAGAAGUAUCCGGCAUGUGUCUGCGAGAUUAGCGGGGAGACUGGGAAGUGUAGCUGGAGGAGAGUGCCUCAGUUGCCUUCACCUGUUAAUAAGUUUCAUCAAGUUAUAAGCUUUUGUUCCACGGUUUCGCUCAGUAGUAUUCUUCAGGCUGAGGAAGAGGGAGACGUUGGUCCGCUGCAGCUUAUGGAUGACUGAUUUCCAUGCCCGGUCUAUGUCUUUGUCAGAGUAUAAGUUCAGAAGGAAUAGCAAUUGGGUGGUAGUGGUACCAAGAUGUAACAACGGUACUGACAUUUCGUUAUCUGCAACUUGUAUGCCAGCAGUGCAGUCCACACAAGCAAGAUUCAACUACGUGGUCUGGAAAAACAAGUCUCAUUGAUGUGUAGAUAAUGCUGGAAGUAUACUAUCUUUAUUGCCUAGCACCUAGCCAACUGCCCUUGGUUCAAACAAGGUUUAAGAAGCUUCCAUACAUGCUGCAGAUGGAGAAUUUGAAUCAUGGCAGAGCGACACGCUGUUUAACAUAGUGCCAAUGUAUGCUGUGAUCUCAAUUAAAGACACAUUUCUCCUAUUUUUCUGCUUGUUUUUAUUAGAUGUAUGUAACAAGGAUUUUAAAUGCUGUAAUUUGUGCUAUUAUCCGACGCCAAUGAUCUGAUGCAACUGUAUGCUGUAAUAUUUAGAUAACCCUCAUAAUUUGUAAAGUUUUGUAAAAUAACACAGGAUUGCGGGGUCGAAAGGCUACUCGUGGAACUAGUUCAUUGUAAAAAUUUGUCUAAUUACCUCGUGCAGAUGCAUACCAUGUUUAGUUUCAUCUCUCUCUUCUCUUCAUCUCUGUGCCUUUGUUUCAUAAAAUCAGACCCUAAUCUGAAAAUCCCUUUCCUUCUCUUUUCUGGGUUUUGAGCUCCCAGCUCCGACGACCUGCGUUCGAUAGUUCCGGCGAGUGUUUCGGGUUUUGGUGAGUCCUUGAAGCCUAGUGAGGAGUCCGGUGGGACCUUGGAGUGACUUGUGGAGCUGCGGUCGUCAAACUGGACCAAGGCAGAGGCUUGGUGUGUUUGGCU